AUAAUUCAGCUCUAUUACAAAGCCAAACAAGGCGUACAAGGUGUGCAAAACCAUACCGGCCUGCCGGAUCCAAGGGCGAUCGCGGGCGCGAGCGCACGACGCUCGCCGGCUCGCCGUGUCGAUAGAAGGUCAUCAGCCAGCGAAUCUUGAGCAUGUAUCAUAUACAGCCACUGUUUGACAGGCAAGCCCGCCAGUCACGACGUCAAACGUCGUUAGACCAGAAGUCAAAGCGACACGGUGCGCCGUAACCGGCCGGCGCGGCUGCAGCCUGCAGGGCGCGCAUUCCAGACCCAAUGGCGACCUCCUGUAAGCGCUCUAUAGUACUUAUAGUCAUCGCGACUCUUUGCGCUGCAAUGGGCGCUAGCGGCUGGCGUCUAAUGGACAAUCCAUCUCGGACAUCUUCCGGGCGACCUCCUGCGCCUGCUGCUUCCGCGGCUCAACAGCUCCCGCCAAUUACGCUGGUCGUGUUCGGCGACUCCUUGUCUGACACCGGCAACGUCUUUUCUGCCACACACGGCAUGGUGCCCAACCCCGACGUCUAUUUCAGAGGCCGCUUCUCCGACGGCCCCAUCUGGGUCGACCACUUAGCCGCCAUUCUCAGCGGCGGCGGCAAUAACGGCACUAGCAACAGUAGCGGCAGUAGCCGCGGCAGUAGCAGUACAGUCACCGGGCGGCGGGAGGUGGUGGUGCGGGUGUUCGCGUACGGCGGCGCCACGGCGUGUGCGGGGCAGGGGCUGUCCCGCCAGGUGCCCGACCUAGACACGCAGGUGCGCAGCUUCCUCGAGGGCCGGCCAGGCGCCGACGCCAGACCCACCACCACCACCACCACCUCUACCCCAGCCACCUCACAGCCCAGCACUGCCGCCGCCGCCACCGCCACAAACACGACCACUGCCGCCGCCGCUGGCCAACCGGCAGCCGGCGCCGGCGUGGGGGCCGGCGACCGCGUCUUUGUGGUGUUUACAGGCCACAACGACCUGCUGGGUCUGGCCCCCGCCGCCUGGUCCGACCCCUCCGGCGGCGCCGUGGCGGCGGCCGUGGCCAACACCACCGCCUGCCGCACCGCCGCCCUGCAGCGCCUGCUGGCCGGGCUGACCACAACAACAUCAACAGCAACGACACCCGCCACAACGACGGCGGCGCACACAGCCGCGCCUGCUGGCGCCAUCAGUAGUGGGAACAGCAGCAACAGCAGCAACAGCGGCAACAGCGGCAAGAGCAAUGGUGCCGGCGGCGGCGACGCAGACGGACAGCAGCCGUACCGCCGGGACCGGGUAGUGGUUUGGAGCCUGGCGCCCGUGGAGUCGGCGCCGGCGGUGCCUGAUCAGGACCGGCCCGCGGUGGCGGCGGCGGUGGCGGCGGUGAACGCCGCCAUUAAGCCCAGCCUGGCGCCGCUGAGGGAGCGCUAUGGCGCAGCCGCAGGCAGCAGCGGCAGUAGCACCAAUAGCAGCGGCAGUGGCAGUAGCAGUGGCGCGGGAGCUGAAGGCGGGCAGCAGCAGGGCCAGCGGCGGGUGCUGAGCCUUGAGAGCUACGACCUGCAUGCCGGGGUGGCGGCCGCGCUGGCUCGGGCCGCUGAGCUGGGCUUCACACACCCGCAGGAGCCGUGCCUGCGCGAGGAUGAUUACAGCCCAGAGCAGCAGGCGCCCCCGCAGGCACAAGCCGGCGCCGCCGCCGGCGGCAGCAGUGCCACGAGCGGCGCCGCCCGCCGCCAGCAGCAGGCCGGCGCCCCAUUAAACCGCUCCUCCGCCGCACGCAGCAGCAGCUUCACUAAGGUCCUGAAGACCAACACCACCAGCAUCAACACCACCCAUGGCACCCAUAUUGAUGUCGACAACGGACCAGACGCGGACGCCGGCUCUGUGUCUGCCGUGCUGGCUGCGGAGGCGCUGACUGCGGCCCCCAGCUCCCGCUGCGCCGCCCCCGCCACACACGUGUUCUUUGACGGCGUGCACCCGACCAGCCGCGCGCACCUGCUGGGCAUUGCGAGGGGCUUUGCGGAGUGGGGCGGAUGGCAGCGGUGAGGCAUAAUGCAGCGGGGUAGGGCAGCGAUUGAUCGAGGGGUGAUGGGGUGCGUGGUGGACAGUCGUGUGUACAUGCCCGAUCUAUAUAUCCCAAAGCUGGUGGGGAUGGGAUGGCCGUAUGGAUGCGGCGUUUCAAGAAGGGAGUAGGCGUAGCGGAGGGGGAAGGCAAGGCCACGUGGAGGAGGAGAGCACGGCGCCGCCCGAGAAGCGGCGCUGGCGUGCAGGUUGGGACCUGCCGGUGUUGUGUCUACGGUAGGUCUUUGGUGGCGAGCAUAGCGUGGCAGGGUGUGUGGUACUGUUCGGGGACAUGUCAGGCUGGCGCUGCCUACCUGUACAAACCGACGCCGGCUAUAGGGGAAAGGUGGCGGGGUGCCCACUUUUUGCACGAGAGGCAAACAACCCACUUUCUUGUCAACGCUAGUAGCUUCGUCCAAGUAGCAGCACGCAUCGCACAUCACACUCGCACGCACAUGCGAGAGACUCGAGAGCCGGGCGCUGUGUGUGCAUCCAGGCGAGACCGCAUGCCAUACUUUAUGCGGCAGUAUGCGAGUGGCAUCAUGAUGCUGAAAGUAUGCGAGUGGCAUCAUGAUGCUGAAAUAUUCCACAGCGACUUGCCUGAGCGCUCCGGGUCGGGGCCUCGGUCAUGGCUGCAUGUGAUGAGGAUUGAGUGAAACGAGAACGGCAGCGUGCCAGAGACCCCUCAAAUGCUUUUGAUUUUCAAUGUUGAUGGGUUAUUGGUGGCAUUCUAAUUGCUUGCGGGGCCGUGGGGCAGGUCGGAGUUUCAUUGUGGAUGGACAGGUAGCCCAGUUCUACUGGUUGCCUGGCCGUUCGUGACGAGGCAGGCCCUCGUGCGCAAUAGGAUGAAGACUAUUUGUUUGUGUGCCAGCAGCGCUUUCCGGGUGUCUGAGCGCGGCUCCUAUUGCAGUAAGAGUUUGAGUCGAGCGUGUGGAUGGCUGUGUCGACGGUUGAUGUGGUGUGCGCUCAGUUUUGCGCCUAUGAUGUAAUCCUGGGUAGCU